AAUACACUUUUCUUUUUCUCUCUAAUCUCUGUGUCUUGGCUAUUGAGAAUUUGAGAGGGAGGGAGUAGUAGUUGCUCAAGAAGAUGGAAUGACGAGUGAAUAAUAUUUUGACAGCUUCUGGUUGAGUUGAAAGAAAAUCCGAAUCCAAUGGAAGAUUCCAUCACGACUCCGAUCCCCAUCUUCUCGACGUUAAUUUCCCCUCUGAGUCUCAACGGAAGUGAAUCGAAUUCGAAUUCGAGGAGAAAGCCCCUGAGCUUGUGGCCAGGAAUGUACCAUUCACCCGUGACGAUUGCUCUUUGGGAGACGAGGUCGAAAACCUUCGAGAGACUUCUGGAUCCCCCACUGGAUGCUCCCCCGCAGACUGAAUUGCUCACCAAAACCCCAUCGCGGAGCAGAAUGACUAUUCUCUACAACUUCUCCACUGAUUUCAUUUUGAGGGAGCAGUAUAGGGAUCCUUGGAAUGAGGUCAGAAUCGGGAAGCUGCUUGAAGAUCUCGAUGCUUUGGCCGGCACCAUUUCAGUCAAGCACUGUGCAGACGAUGACAGCACUACCAGACCGCUCUAUCUGGUUACUGCUUCCGUUGACAAGAUGGUGCUGAAGAAGCCGAUAAGUGUGGAUAUCGAUUUGCGUAUAUCUGGUGCAGUUACGUGGGUCGGCCGGUCUUCUAUCGAGAUUCAGCUAGAUGUAACACAGCCUCCAACUGAGUCAGCUGAAGCAACUGAUUCAGUUGUUCUAACGGCCACAUUCAUUUUUGUUGCUCGUGACUACAAGACACUGAAGGCUGCUCCUGUGAAUAGACUGAGUCCAGAAACAGAACGCGAGAAGUCACUUUAUGAAGCAGCAGAAGCAAGAAAUAAGGUGAGAAAAAGCAAGAUUAAAGGGGAGCAGAAGACGAUUGAGAAUGGAGGGAUUAAUAGAGUUGCAGCAUUACUAGCGGAGGGGCGGAUCUUGUGUGACAUGCCCGCCUUGGCAGAUAGAGAUAGCAUUCUUCUUAGAGAAACUAGACUCGAGAACUCGUUAAUGUGUCAGCCACAGCAAAGGAACAUUCAUGGUCGGAUAUUUGGAGGGUUUCUUAUGCACAGAGCAUUUGAAUUAGCCUUUUCAACGGCUUAUGCUUUUGCAGGAAUGAUGCCAUCCUUUCUGGAGGUUGAUCAUGUUGAUUUUCUUAGACCGGUGGAUGUUGGAGACUUUUUACGGCUCAAGUCUUGUGUAUUGUAUACAGAAAGUGAGAGUUCGGAUCAGCCCUUAAUCCAUGUGGAAGUGGAGGCACAUGUUACCAGGCCAGAGUUGAGGUCUAGUGAGGUAUGGUAUGAUAUGAUCCUAUGCUUAAAUUGGAAUUUUGCAACUUCAACUUCAAUCCAUUGUUUCUCAUUCAGGUAUCCAAUAGGUUUUACUUCACCUUCACCGUUCGACCUGAAGCAAAGCCUAAGAAUAAUGGAGUUAGGAUCAGGAAAGUGGUUCCAGCAACAGAGGAGGAAGCACGCACAAUCGUUGACCGCAUCGAUGCUGAUUCUCUCGCUUCACCGUACUAAUUCUUGCUGCAUUUCCAUUGCAACACAGAAUAAAGUAAUACUAAUAUCAUGUUUCAGUUUAACCAUUGAAAGAAACCACAUGAGUAUAAUCUCAAAUAAAUUUAUAUGUAACAUCUUAACUAAUACUAUUAUCUUGUCUUAUGAUUUGCUAUCCAAAUUGACAAGAAAUGUCUAUAUGAUAUACAUCAAAAAGUCAGGCAGUUAAAAAACAUUGAUCUCGAGAAACAAAUAAUAGUGAACUCAAGAAACCAUGCUUAUGUACAGCAAGAAUUCUGGAAAUCAGUACUUUUUACAGAGUAGAAAUACAAACAUCAACCUUUGACUGA